AUGGCGGGCAUGACAAUAACGAGCACGACAGCGAGCACAAACAUAGUAGCAACAGCUACGAGUAUUUCAACUGUGCUUCGGUUAUCUGCUGUACUGAGUCUCUUGAAGAGUUAUCCGCGCUACCUUAGCCUCUGGCUCGACAAGACCGGGACCCUGACGAUGGGCAAGAUGACCCUUGAUGGGUCAAUUGGGGACUUCCAGCCCGUCGUCGGACUCGGGAUCAACGCCCUCGUCGAGCCUGCUUCGGUCUCCCGUACGCGCUACAGGGUCCUCAUCGGCUCCGUCCGCUUCCUGCGCUCUCACGACAGCCAUCACAGCCUCGGAAGACAUCAACGCCCUCGCCACCACCUCCUCUGA